AUGUAUGAUGCAGAUGAUGAAGGUUUCGAUGAGGACCAACUUCAUCGCAGAAUUUGUGAGAUCAAACAAGAAGAACGAACUCAUCAUGUAAAUUCCAUUCAGUCAUGGAAUUUCCCACCAGCAAGUACACAACUUCAUCCACGAAUCGAACAAAUCAAGGAGGAAGAAAGAAAACUAAGAGAAGAAGAAGAAGAAAGAAUCCAUACACAUCUUCAUUCGCGAAUCCAGCAAAUCAAGGAAGAGGAAAGACAACAAAAAGAAGAAGAGGAAUCAGAGAGAAUAAGACAGGAAAUAUACAGUCAAGCAGUAGAUAGCGAGCAACCAAACUCUCUAAGCGAAUGCACCGAUUAUCCAGCAAGAUCUCAUCUCCCACUUCGCGAAUAUUUUCCACGAAUUGACAGUAGUCAACAUUAUCAAGAUAACACCCGAGCGGAACUCCCCUCCCGUAUUCGUAGAACCACUUUCGCCUUCAGCAGCGAAAAAGAGUUUGAAAAAAUAGCCGAGGAAAAUACACCCAUGCUUUCGAGAGCGCCUCGUCCAAAGAAACGAAUUGAACACCUCUCGCUCAAAUUUGACCGAUCUGCUCCAUUCAUCGACGUUUCUGCAAUUUUCCCACAAAACGCAGAAGACAAAGUUUCUUCCCCUGUGGAUAUUCAAGAAGAAAACAACUUUGCAGGUUUUGAAAUGAUGAACUUUGCGGAAUUGAUUUUCGACUACGAAAUUGCACCCCUUUUAUACCCAACUCGCCUGGCCGAAGUUUACCGCUGCGACGUUGAAGAGCCGAAAUUUUUCAGUUUGGUACCUCAUUGGUUCCAUGACACUGAGUUUAAAAGAUGUUGGUGCAUCCCUUGCAUUCAAUAUAGAGAAACUCUAUCUACAGGUAAGCAGUUAGAGGCGCAUGACUUUGAUAAGUGGUGUCUUUGCAGGUCCUGCAUGGAUUUUUGGCACAAAAACUUUAAUGAAGAUGACAAUUGUAAUUGUCAAGAUUGUGUCGAAAAACAAAAACUCGAAGAAAAAGAAGCGGACAAAAAAAGAGCACUUGCUGCUCUCAAAGCACUCGUUGGAGUCGACGGUGAAAAUUUUCUUGCUGAACUCGAAGAAGUGAUUGCCAGUCCCCAGAGUCCCUUCCAAUCACCUGGACAAGAAUCAACAGAUUCAGAACAACAACUCGGAGAAAAAGUUGCACUUGCUGAACUCAGAGCACUUGCAGACCUCGAUGGUGAAUAUCUGUUUGCUGAACUCGAAGAAGCGCGUAGCAAACUCCAGAGUCCCCUCCAAUCACAAUCACCUGAACAAGAAGCACCGGAUUCAGAGCAACUCCUCCCCAAAUCCACACAGAAGCUACCGUCGGACCCUCUCUGUGAAAAUCCAACAACAGUUGUGCCUGUGUCUAAGGAAAGUUCUUUUGAUUUAUUCAACACCAUUCGCCAGCAUUUAUGGUUAGAUUCUGAUUAUUAUUCUGGUUCUGCAACUAGUUUUGAUUUUUGA